AUGCACAGUACUACCGUUGAGGAUUCAAAAGGUGGACGAGCUGGGGUAGAGUUCUACUUCUUGGGGGAUGAUGGUGAUAACUUCAAGGCCACGGUUGAAUAUGAUCCAUAUUUUCUCAUCGCGAUAAAGCGCGGGUACGAAGCCGAGGUUGAAGAGUGGUGUCGAAGGAAAUUUGAAGGACUGGUCAAAGAUGCAAAGCAAGUUGAGAAGGAGGAUUUACAGAUGCCAAACCAUCUACUCGGGCACAAAAGGCGGUUCUUGCAGCUAUCAUUUGCUAAUGUCAAUGACCUGCUUGCGGUCCGAAGUACGCUUCUUCCAAUUGCAGAGAAGAAUAAGAAAAACGUCAAUGCUAUGGAUACUUAUGCAGAAAUGGCUAGUGCGAGUGCUGGCUUCGAUAUCAUCGACGAGGAAGACGGGGCGAAUAGGAGCAGAAACGCGUAUCUUGAAGCAAGCGAGUACAUUGUUGAUAUUCGAGAAUAUGAUGUUCCGUACCAUGUGCGCGUUGCAAUUGAUAAGGACAUUAGAAUUGGGAGAUGGUAUACCGUAGAUGCAACCCACGGUGCUAUCUCGUUGACUUGUAUUGAAGAAAGAUUGCAGCGAGCGGACCCUGUUGUUCUUGCUUUUGAUAUUGAAACAACAAAACUUCCUCUGAAGUUCCCCGAUCCCGUCAUUGACCAAAUAAUGAUGAUCUCUUAUAUGAUUGAUGGCCGAGGAUAUCUUAUCACAAAUAGGGAAAUCGUUUCUGAGGAUAUCAGUGAUUUCGAAUAUACCCCGAAGCCCGAGUACGAAGGACCUUUCACAAUAUUUAAUGAAUCAGAUGAAAAAGGCGUUAUUGAGCGUUUCUUCCAGCACGUUAAAGAUGCAAAACCAACUGUCAUCGCAACUUACAACGGUGACUUUUUCGAUUGGAGUUUUGUCGAAGCCCGAGCAAGCGUCCUAGGAAUAGACAUGUAUAGAGAAAUCGGUUUUCGAAAGAACAGUGAAGACAUUUAUCAAAGCGACUACUGUGUUCACAUGGACUGUUUUGCUUGGGUGAACAGAGAUAGUUACUUGCCGCAAGGAAGUAGGGGUUUGAAAGCUGUUACGGUCGCGAAGCUUGGCUAUGACCCUGAUGAACUUGACCCCGAAGUCAUGACGAGAUAUGCGAGUGAGCGGCCACAAACUUUGGCCGAGUAUUCAGUCUCAGAUGCUGUCGCUACCUAUUAUCUCUACAUGAAAUACGUCCAUCCAUUUAUUUUCUCUCUAUGCACAAUUAUUCCGCUAAGCCCCGAUGACGUCCUGCGAAAGGGUACCGGUACUCUUUGCGAAAUGCUACUCAUGGUUCAGGCCUACAAGAACAAUAUCGUUCUGCCAAAUAAGCAUAAAGAUCCAGUCGAAGCAUUCUGGGACGGCCACCUUCUGGAUUCCGAGACCUAUGUUGGCGGGCACGUCGAAAGUAUUGAAGCAGGAGUUUUCCGCAGCGAUAUCCCCGUCAAUUUCUCGAUAGAUACUACUGCCGUCGAUGAGUUGCUUCGUGACCUUGACGCUGCUCUAACCUUUAGUAUUACGGUAGAAGAAAAGAAAUCCCUCGAAGAUGUGACGAACUAUGAGGACGUUAAAGCGCAAAUUGCUGAAAGGCUUUUGAAUCUAAGGGACACCCCUAACAGGCUCGAACGGCCGUCUAUUUACCAUCUGGAUGUCGCCUCCAUGUACCCUAAUAUCAUGACUACAAAUCGUUUACAGCCAGACUCUAUGAUCCAGGAGUCGGAUUGUGCAGUCUGCGACUUCAAUAGACCCGGGAAAACGUGUGACAGGCGCCUUCCAUGGGCAUGGAGAGGGGAAUUUCUCCCAGCCAAACGUGACGAAUACAACAUGAUUCGGCGCGCAGUCGCUAACGAGAAGUUUCCGGGAAGGACGCGGGACGCUCCUUUGCGGGCAUUCGACGACCUUGGAGAAGCCGAACAGGCAAAAAUUAUCAGAUCUCGACUGCAAGAAUACAGCAAGAAGAUAUACCAUAAGAUUCACGACAGUAAAACGAUUGAGCGAGAGGCAAUUAUCUGCCAAAGGGAAAAUCCGUUUUAUGUCGAUACUGUCCGCAAUUUCCGUGAUCGUCGUUACGAUUUCAAGGGACAGCAGAAAGUGUGGAAAGGGAAGGUCGAUGCCCUGAAGGGCUCCGGUGCUACCCCUGCGGAAAUUGACGAAGCAAAGAAGAUGGUCAUCCUAUUCGACUCGCUUCAACUGGCUCACAAAGUUAUCUUAAAUAGUUUCUAUGGAUACGUCAUGCGAAAAGGAUCGCGCUGGUAUUCCAUGGAGAUGGCGGGUGUGACUUGUCUUACCGGAGCUCACAUCAUCCAAAUGGCCAGGGAGCUCGUGGAGAGGAUCGGUCGGCCCCUGGAACUAGAUACUGAUGGUAUCUGGUGUAUGCUCCCCGCCACAUUCCCGGAGAAUUUCGCAUUCACCCUGAAAAAUGGGAAGAAAAUGGCAAUAUCAUACCCAUGCGUCAUGCUUAAUCACCUAGUUCACGGGCGAUUCACGAAUCAUCAAUAUCAGACGCUUGUUGAUCCUCAUACGUUUCGAUAUGAGACACAUAGCGACAAUUCUAUUUUUUUCGAGGUCGACGGCCCGUAUAAGGCAAUGAUUCUGCCUACGUCAAAAGAAGAAGAUAAAAACUUGAAAAAGCGAUACGCUGUUUUCAAUCAUGAUGGCUCGCUAGCUGAACUCAAAGGCUUUGAAGUCAAACGAAGGGGAGAGCUGAAACUGAUCAAAAUUUUCCAAACUCAGAUAUUUAAAUUCUUCCUCGAGGGAACGACGUUACAGGAGACUUAUGCAGCGGUUGCUGAAGUCGCCAACCGAUGGCUUGACGUCCUCCACCUACACGGAUCUACGCUGGCAGAUGAAGAGCUAAUUGACUUAAUCUGUGAGAACCGGAGCAUGACUAAAACUCUUGAGGAGUAUGGCUCCCAGAAAUCAACGUCAAUCACCACUGCUAGGAGACUGGCAGAGUUCCUUGGAGAUCAAAUGGUCAAAGACAAGGGCUUGAAUUGCAAAUACAUCAUUUCCGCGGCUCCGAAGAACUCGUCCACCACGGAACGAGCUAUCCCUGUUGCUAUAUUCUCCGCAGAGCCUAGCGUAAAACGGUUUUUUUUGCGUAAAUGGCUAAAAGAAGAUCCUGGCGACAUGGAUCCACGAAGCAUUAUCGAUUGGGGGUAUUAUCUUGAAAGAUUAGGCUCUGUGAUUCAAAAGCUCAUCACAAUCCCUGCGGCCUUGCAAAAGGUUCGCAAUCCAGUUCCAAGGGUAGCCCACCCCGACUGGCUCCAGAGACGAAUAAAUAUAAAGGAUGAUAAGUUCAAGCAGAAGAAGAUGACGGAUCUGUUUGGGAAAGCUCCGCUCUCAAACGCCUCAACGAAUUUACUGGAUCAUCGCCUCCCUAUUGCAGGGGAUAUAGAGGAUGCUAUUUCGACCCAGAAGCUCAGGAUGAGCACGCAAAUUUCGCAGAAGAGGAAAGCACCAGAGUCUUCACAGUCGGCAGAUCCGUUUGCUAGCCUACCGGCCAAAAUGCCGUCGAUCAACGAAGAUUACGAGGGAUGGCUGAAAUAUCAAAAACAAAAGUGGAAGAUUCAAAAGCAUGCUCGUCUUCGGCGCCGCAAGUUGUUCGGCGAAAGGACAGUUGCCGCCACUGACUCUCUCAGUAAUUUCUUUAGGAACCAAGCGGAGCUGACCUAUGUUAGUACCUGGCAGAUUUUGCAGUUCAGGGAGACCGACAUUCGUGGAGAAGUACGCGCGUUUGUGCUCAUUGACCGAAAAAUACACGCCAUAAUCAUCAAGGUACCACGCCAGCUUUUCAUAAAUUUUAAAAAUGAUAACCUUCCGAAUGUCGAUAUAGAAGGCUGCACAGUCCAAAAGGUCAACCAUACGCUACCAAACGGCCAUCCUUCUGUUCAUUUAUUUCAAUUGACGAUGCCCGAACAUACAUAUGUGAAGGAUUCAAAGACUAUUUCUGCGCUUUUAGAUCAUUCGAGCGUUGAAGGAGUUUACGAAUCCAAGGUCCCCUUGCAUAUUCGCACUGUUCUAAGGCUUGGUACGCUGUGCACAUUUGAUGAAAGUCAACGUGGAGUAUUAGGGAAAGGUUUGGAACAUGGAUUUGAGCUGUCCACAUUACUCCGAGCUCCACCAAAUCAAACGUACCUUGCUGAUUCCCAAUUUGAAUACGUUUAUCUCUAUCAUGUUGUAUCCGGGCAACGGCAGAUUUUCUCGCUCUUCUCAACGCGGAGGGACGAAGCGCAUAUCAUCAUGUUUUCGAAACAACGAGAUGUGCAGGGCUUCCCCAAUGUCGACAAAAUCUACACUGACUCCCUACAACGGCGUGUUGAGCAAGGCAAUCUCGAAACAUGGCAGCAAGUUCUCGAAUAUCAAGCUACAUUGCAUUUUAGAACCACGCAAGUCACGACCAAACGUAAGGCACACCUUGAAAUUGGCGAUCUCCUGAGAAAAUUUCGGAACCAAAGCUCCUAUCCGACUCUGCUCGUUCUCCAGUCGCCUCAACAACAAGAGUUACUACACGCCAUUCCAGCAUUCAAGGACGUCCCUGUUGUGCCCUUGAAGUCUGAUCCUUCGGACAAUGAAUUACCUCCGCUUGGCUGGCAGCCGUUUUUGGCAAAGCAAAUUGUCAUGCAUUAUCUUGCCUUGGAUUCAUGGCUUAACCACUUGAUUGAAUUCGCGCGAUACGGAGACGUUCCACUUUGCAACCUUGAACGAGAUGAUCCGAAAUUCCUGAUUGAUAUCGCGUAUGCAAGACGGUUGGAAAAGAAUAACGUCGUUCUCUGGUGGUCGCCCGAUCCACUUCCUGACCAUGCUGGUUAUGAAAAGGACAGUCUUGAUCGACUUAUGCAGAAGGUGGACAUGCCGAGUAUCAAUAACCCUGGAGCUUAUUCGUCUGUUUGCAUCGACCUUGAUGUUCGAAACCUUGCUAUCAACACGAUCCUUACGUCGUCUCUCAUUAAUGAACUUGAAGGCAGCGAAUCUGUUUUGCUUAACCCGUCAGCUCCAAAUGGCAAUGCAAUAUCCGACGGCACUGGGGUGCUAUACUCAGAUACAGCAUUCUCAUCAACUGGUAUUAUCGUCCUACGUGAUAUGGUGAAGGCCUGGUGGUCAGAGGCAUGUCAAGGCAAGGUGAUGGCCGAUGUCAUGGUUCAGCAUUUGAUACGAUGGGUCGAAAGCCCGGACUGUCAUCUUUAUGAUCACGCACUCCACCAAUAUGUUCAGAUGAUGUCUAAGAAAGCAUUACAGCAGUUAAUCGGUGAUUUCAGACGGGUCGGCUCGAGUGUGAUAUUUGCCAGUCCAAAUCGGCUGUUAUUGCAGACCACGAAAACGGAAGUCGGGAAUGCCUACGCAUACAGUCAAUACAUUCUGAAAUCGAUCAAAGCCAAACCCUUAUUCAAUUUCUUGGACCUCGAAAUCAAAGAAUACUGGGAGUACCUGCUUUGGUACGACGAAUUCAAUUUUGGAGGCAAAGCAUGUCAUGAAGUGGUUGAAUCGAACAACCAGGAGCUCGAAACCAUUAUGCACUGGCAAAUGGGCGGAUUCCUCCCCACCCCGUUGAAACCGAUAUUCAAUGACUGGGUUGUUGAAUAUAUUGAAAUCAUGCAUGGACUCAAGAAGUCCAGCAAGUCCGUCGACCCGGACGAAGCAAGGCCGACGCAAAUCCAGUUUAAAUCCCUGACGGAAACGGAAGGCUUUGAGAUUACAAACGUCCUUUCUGAAUCUUACUCCAAAGCUCUCAAGCGGCAGAUCACUGGAUUAAUCCGCCGGCAGCGUGAUGAGAUGCUUCACCCUGAAUUAGCGUCAGACUACGAGUUCCCAACGGUUCCUGGAGCUUAUUGGCAUGACACCGAACGUCAAAGAAACCCAACGCUGGAACUUGUGAAGUAUCUUAUGCAUGUUCUUGGGCUUUCAAGGUAUACAUCUUUGGAAGUCCGAGUUCUCCGCCGGGAACUUCUAGCGCUAUUCGAUAUCAAGGAAUUCAGUAAUGCAGGGAAAUUCGAGAACCCAAGUGCCAGUCUAAAACUCCCGCAGGUUAUAUGUAAUCAUUGCACAAUGACCCGGGAUCUGGAUCUUUGCCGCGAUGGCGACCUUCUUCCCGAAGAGGGCGGAUCCGUCAAACCCUGGUGCUGCCUCUUUUGCGGCACAGAGUAUAAUCGACUCGCUCUCGAAGAGAAGAUGGUUGGCGAAGUGCAGGGCCUGGUCGUGGAGUGGCAAACGCAGGAUUUGAAGUGCGCAAAGUGCGCAGGGAUAAUGAUCAAUCCGCUCAUGGAGCACUGCUCAUGUGGUGGUAGCUGGACGACGAUGCUCGAUAGGCGCUCGACAGAACGAAAGCUGCGGAUAUUCCAGAGCGUCGCCAAGUUUUAUGGAUUGAAGAUGCUUACGAUUGUUACGAAUGACAUUCUGAAUGGGUUGUGA